GGAAAUGAAAAUUACUUCGAGUUAGCGGGGGGUUUGAGUCAGCGAGGGUUCGAGUUAUCGGGAGUCAACUGUAGAUUAAAACUCUCUCAAGAAUUUUUGAAACGAUUGCAUUUGACUACUUUGUAACUAGCUAAGUAAAUUCUUUAAAAUAACGAUUGGAUCAAGGAUCCUGCGUUAAUAAUACGACACGGAUGAACAACCUGAGGUAAAAACAUAAUUCAGCUCAGGUACGAUAAGCUAAGGUUAAACACCGGAGGCAAGACAUUUGAUUGGCUGCACGCAGACAGCUAUGACGUUAAUUCAUUUGGUUUUCUAUGAAUCCAAAUUAAAAUCUUUGAUGCAGUUGUGUUUCGCAAGCUUCACUAAACAAGCGACGCCUAGCGAUGGAGUCCCUUUUGAAAGACCUCAACAAACAUGUUGAAUGCUCGAUUUGUCUCGACAUCUUCAACGAACCCAAAACUAUAUCAUGUCAACACACAUUUUGCUGUCAGUGUUUGGAGGAUCAUGCAAGAGCCAGCCACAGACAAGGAAAGUUCCGUUGUCCAGAGUGUCAAGCGCUAAUUGAUUUGCCCGAAGGAAAUCGUUUCAAAAGCUUACCAAGCAGUUUUUUCCACAACAGUUUGCUGAGUCUUCUUGCCGUUCGACGGACUGGCAACGAAAGUAAUAUUACUUGUUCCCAAUGCAAGAAAAACAACUCCCAGAUGUACUAUUGCUUUGACUGUGGAAGGUUUAUGUGCCCAGACUGUUACAAUGCACACGAAACGCUGAGUGAGUCGUUCGAAGGACACAAAGUUACCCCAGUUAAGGAGUUUAAAACAGAAGAUUACGAAGCCUAUCUGAAGCGACAGCCAUUUUGCUCGCAACUGUUCCACGAGAAAGAAAUCACCAGAUUUUUCUGCUUUUCGUGCCAAGCUUGUGUUUGCCAAAUUUGCACACUCACGGAUCACCGAAAACACGAGUUCGUUUUACUCGACAAAGCAGCUCAUGACGAGAAAACCAACAUCAUGUCUGGCGCUGAAAUGAUCAACGAAAGGGUGAGCGAGCUUACUGAAGUGAUUCGAGAAUUUGAAGACACGGCUUCUGAACUGGAAAAUAAUGUCGCAACAGCUAAACACGAGGUCUCGCGAGCUGCUGAGCAAAUGAUCGAAGUGAUUCGGAAGCGCGAGCGUGAGGUUGUUAUGUCACUCGAGACAACACGCGUGACGAGACUCGAGAGAAUUAACUCCGCCAUCCAGGAAGCUCAGUCUCUGCACAAACAAAUGAAGCAAGCGGUUGAGUUUGCUAAAAAUCUGACAGAAAGAAGCUCAAGCUCAGAUAUCAUGAGGAACAAGGAAACUUUGAAGCAGCGAUUUGAAGUGUUGCGUGAAACUGAAGAUCCAAAACAUGAUGAGACCUCAUUCGUCAAAUUUACCGCUGCUUCUACAGAGGACUUGAAAUUUGGUUUUAUUGAGACAACCCCAAAAGCAGACGCAAAUCGAUCAACGCUUGAAGGAGUGGAGCAAUUUUUUCAGGCUGGUGUAGAGGCAGAGUUUACGUUAUGCCCCAAAACGUCGGAGGGGAAGAUGAGUAACCAGGCUAAUCUGAAAGAUCAAGUUAAAGUUCUAAUUGAACCCGCUAAAGAUGUUACAAAUUUGAUUGUUAGUGAGAAAGAGGACGGUAGUCUUGAUCUGAAAUUUACUCCCAAAGUACCGGGCGCCUACAGCAUUGAAGUGAAGAUCAAUGGCGAUAAACUUCCAACCUGUCCUUUUACUGUGCUAGUGAAAGAGCGUGAACUUGAUGUCCUCGGCGAGUUGGACUUAAAAUUCUUCCCAGGAGACGUGCCUCGAAGGUUGGUUGGAAUCGCUGUUAACACAGAAGACAAGAUAGUUCUGCCAGAUAAUGAGGGCCACUGUGUUUAUGUAUUUGAUAGAGAUGGUAACUGUUCAAGGAAAAUUGGUGGUACAGCAGCAAAUUCUAGACACUUUUUACAACCAAAUGGUGUUUCGUUUCUAAACGACAACGAGAUUCUAAUUGCUGAUGAACUGCAUCAUAGAAUACAACAAAUAAAUAUCCAGACAGGAACUGUUAUGAAAUGCUUUGGAAAGUGUAGUGCAGGGAAAGGAGAGUUUAAGAAUCCAGUUGACGUUUGUUUAGAUGAUGAAGGACACAUUGUUGUAACCGAGAACGGCAAUCAUAGGAUACAAGUGUUGUCACAAGAAGGAGAAACUAUUUUCUCAUUUGGAGACAGUGGCCCAGAGAAACUCAACAAACCGACAAGCUGCAUUCCUUACAAAAACAUGUUCCUAGUAAAUGAUUGCGGUAAUAGUUGCAUUAAAGUUUUCGAUCAGUCAGGAACUUUCUUGUACAAGUUUGGGAAGAAAGGCAAACAAGAUGGACACUUUAACUCGCCUAAUGGUAUGAUCCUAGACAGCUCCAAUAAUUUUCUUGUAUGUGAUUAUAACAAUAACCGAGUUCAGCAGUUUUCCUUAGACGGUCGUUUUACAGGAAAAACUAUCACUCGUUUAUCAAGUCCUUUUGGAAUAGCAACAGCGCCAGAUGGACGUAUUCUCGUGGCUGCGCGUAAUACAGUAUACGUACUGAAGUAGAUGUUCCAAUAGCUUGUAGCAUAUCGCAUAGAACUCUUCACAUCCGCUCUAUAGAAAAUAGAGAGCUGUAAACAGCCUAAAUGUAGCAUGGUUUUUGUAAUUUAGUGGUCUCUAUGAUGACAAUAUUAUGCAACGUACGUUUAUUUCGUCUGUUUUUUUUUCCGACGUUCAAGAUGUUUUUAUAUGCCUUUGUAUAGUCAAAUUCAGUGGAAGAUUGGCAAAUCUAAGAAAUGGUAUCAUAAUUGUUUUCAAAUUUAGAAAAGAGAAGAUCGCGUAAAAAGUGAAAAUGGGUGGACGGGGGGCUGGUAACUUUAGGUUGCAUAAUCAAUGGGGCAUGCUCCCAAAAUAUUGCAAUUUCAGAACUACAACCUAAUUGAAAACUGUUAUACCAGAAAUAUUAGCAAAUUGCCACAAAGUAGAAAUUACAAUGAGGUACUGUCCAGAGCAUUUGCAAAAAUAUAAACAAUCAUUUUCAAUUUUUUCCAUGGUUCACUUCCCCAAAAAAGGGAAUGGCUACUCACCCAGUGCACCCCUCACACCCGCCCCUGAGUGAGUCUACAAUUGGUCCGACAAUUGUAAACUUUAGCAGAAAAUGAUUUUGUUACAACUUCAAGUUACAUGAAAAGCAUGUAUAAUAUACGUUAGUUCCUAUAUUAUAUAAUCACCGAAGGAAGCUAUUACACCUUUUGCUGUUCAUUUACAGAAAAUAAACAUUCAUUUGUGUCCAAAUUUCUUUCAUUAUGGUGA